AAGCCACUAACAGCGAUCGACGUAUUAAAUCAAGCCCGAUUAUUCGUGCAUUCGUGCCAAAUCGUGCGACGUGCAUCCGAAGAGACGCGACGUGUAUUUUGUUAAGAGGUUAUAGUCGUGAUGGGUGCAGCGGAGAAUUCCGUCAUACAAAUCAAUAAGUGGGAUGGCUCAGCCGUGAAAAAUGCUUUGGAUGAUACAGUCAAGGAAGUACUCACCAAGAAAUAUAAUUACAUAGAAAAUUUUUCUCUUCUUGAUGGAAGAUUGUUCCUCUGCGGAAUUACUGUUACUAUAGCUAUCAUAGCACUAUUAUGUGAUUACUUAUAUCCAUUCCCUGCUUCCAAGCCUGUUUUAAUAGCUUGUGUCUCCUUCUAUUUCCUUUUAAUGGGACUCUUGACAUUGUAUACAACGUAUAAAGAAAAAGGCAUAUUUAUAGUUGCAAUUCAAAGAGAUCCAGCAGGUUUCAAUCCUGAUAUGAUUUGGGAGGCAAGUUCGUAUUUAAAAAAAUAUGAUGAUAAGUACAAUCUGGUGUUGUCAGUUAAAAGUACAUCAAUGGGAAUCUUUAAUGAGACAAGUGUUACGAAAUCCGUUGCGAAUUUCAUUGAUGUUAAUGGUGCAGUGAUACCAGGAUUAAUAGAAACUGUAGUAACGAACAUGCACGACAGUCUGACAUCCCAACGGAAGGAGAAAUAGCAAUGUUCUGAGAAAAAACAGAGAUAAACUAAAAUCAAUGUAAGCUUUUUUAACAUAAUUAAGUUUUUUUCCUAUGAAAUUUUGUUGUCCACAGUUUUUCGAUGAUGUUCUGAAAUAUAUAUAUAAUACACAUGUCCAAUUCAGUCCAAUUUCUCAUAUAAUGAUAUAUGUAAAUAACAUAAAAAUAAGAAGCUAAGUAUUUUCAUUUAUGUAUUGUAAUUAUUAUACUCAAUAUCUGAAAUUAGAAUGGACAUUAAAAAUCUUUUGUUAGAUAAACAA